UUCCGGCCUUUUUUUUCUUGCAAUUAAGAUCUUUAAUUUCUUCUUGUUGAGCUCAAAAUUUCAUAAUUAUAAUUCAUUAUUUUAAAAAAAUUAAUCAAGAAAAUACAAGAAUCUAGCAAUGGGUAACGUCCUAAGAUUCUUGUGCGGCCGUUGUUGUAAUCCCGCGGCGGACUCCGAUUUCCCCGGCCACCACGGAGCGACGGCGACCGCCGCCGGCGUCUCUGCCAUUGCUCAAGAUAUCCAUAACUUUGAGAUCAAUUCCCAGGUUCCUCAAGGAUUGAGUCAGCAUGUUGUUUCAUCCAAAAAGGCUCAAGCUAAUUGGUAUAAAAAGCUUUCCGAUGCAUGGAGAGAAGAAAAACCUCCUCCAAAAACACCAGAAGAAGCUUCAAGACUUGUAAUUCAGAUCUUGAAAAGACAUAAAAAAGCAGAUGUUGAGGGAUUGCUGGCUUUCUAUGGCCUUCCUCUUCCUCACUCUUUGGUUGAGCAUACAAACACCGCGCCUCCAUCACACCCUCAAGGACUCAAGUUUGAACUACAUACAUUGCCGGUGGAUGCAAAGGCAGUGGCAGAUGGAGAUACAAUCACUGUAUAUGUUAGCACUGCAGAUCCCAGAGAGUCAUCUUCUGUUCCAAAAGAUGUACAGACAGCUGCUGUUCAGCGAUCAAAGGCACGCGCCCGCAAAAAUUAUGCACGAGCAGACGAACUACACAAGCAGAUCAUUGACUCUGGAUACAGGGUGAUUCAGGUUAAUAAUGAGGAAGUUCUCGCAAGGAAAUAUAGGAUCAGAUUAAGGGGAAUAGAUGCACCAGAAAGCAAAAUGCCUUAUGGAAAAGAGGCCAAGGAGGAACUUGUCAAGAUUGUGCAAGGCAAGUGCCUAAGAGUCCUGGUUUUUACAGUGGAUCGCUACGGCCGUUCUGUAGGAGAUAUAUACUGCAAUGGCACCUUUGUACAGGAAGUCAUGCUAAAAAAGGGGCUAGCAUGGCAUUACACCGCCUACGAUCAACGCCCAGAAUUAGACGAGUGGGAGAAAGAGGCUCGAGCAAAUCAGAUAGGUAUAUGGGCAUCUAAGAACCCAGAGAUGCCAUGGCAAUGGCGAAAAGACAGACGGGAAAACAACCAUCACUAAUGUACCUAUGAUCAACAAACACAGACAGACAGACAAUACAUAGAUUUCCACGUCACUAAGCAUUUGCUAUUUCUGAAUCAUGUACACUGUAAACUUUGCAUCUAGUUCAAAGCACCAAAACAAUGUUUCAACAAUAAUGUAUCAAAUUCUCGUGUUUCCUAGUGA